AUGAGCUGCUGUAGCCAGCCCUGUUCUGGUUCUUUCCCCAGGUUCAUUCAGGGCUCGGUGGUGCAGACUCCCUAUGCUUUCUACCACUGGCAGUGCAUCGACGUCUUUGUGUACUUCAGCCACCACACCGUCACCAUCCCUCCGGUGGGCUGGACCAACGCUGCCCACAGGCAUGGGGUCUGUGUGCUGGGGACUUUCAUCACGGAGUGGAACGAAGGGGGAAGGCUCUGUGAAGCCUUCCUGGCCGGGGACGAGCGCUCGUACCAGGCAGUGGCUGACAGGCUGGUCCAGAUCGCGCAGUUUUUUCGUUUCGAUGGCUGGCUGAUCAACAUCGAGAACUCUCUGAGUCUGGCUGCCGUGGGGAACACGCCUCUUUUCCUGCGGUACCUGACCACACAGCUGCACCGACAGGUCCCGGGGGGCCUGGUGCUCUGGUAUGACAGUGUGGUGCAGAGUGGGCAGCUCAAAUGGCAAGACGAACUCAACCAGCACAACAGGGUCUUCUUUGAUUCCUGCGACGGCUUCUUCACCAACUAUAACUGGCGGGAGGAGCACUUGGAGCGGAUGCUGGGGCAGGCUGGGGAGCGCCGGGCUGACGUGUAUGUGGGCGUGGACGUGUUUGCUCGGGGGAACGUGGUCGGAGGCCGAUUCGACACAGACAAGUCGUUGGAGCUGAUCCGAAAGCAUGGGUUUUCCGUGGCUCUGUUUGCCCCCGGCUGGGUGUACGAGUGUCUGGAGAAGAAGGAUUUCUUCCAGAACCAGGACAAGUUCUGGGGCCGGCUGGAGCGCUAUCUGCCCACACAUAGCAUCUGCUCCUUGCCGUUCGUCACGUCCUUCUGCCUGGGCAUGGGUGCACGGAGGGUCUGCUAUGGCCAGGAGGAGGCGGUGGGGCCCUGGUACCACCUGAGUGCCCAGGAGAUCCAGCCCUUGUUUGGAGAACACAGGCUGGGAGGGGAUGGCCGGGGCUGGGUGAGGACGCACUGCUGCCUGGAGGAUGCCUGGCACGGAGGCAGCUCCCUGCUCGUCCGGGGUGUGAUCCCACCGGAGGUUGGAAAUGUGGCCGUGAGGUUAUUUUCCCUGCAGGCCCCAGUGCCACCCAAGAUUUUCCUGUCCAUGGUGUAUAAGCUUGAGGGGCCCACGGACGUCACGGUUGCUUUAGAGCUAACCACAGGGGAUGCCAGCAGCUGCCACAUCGGUGGCAUCUCAGUGUUGAACGCAGAAACAAGCUCAAGACACAGCCUCCGACCCCUCCGGGUGCCCCCUACGAAGCUGGCCAGAUGGGUGGGCCGCUGCGGCCGGCAGCUGAGCAGGGGCUGGGUCCAGCACUGCUACGAGGUGAGCCUGCGUGGGUGCCUGCUGCUAGACCUCCUCGUUUGCUUCUCACGGCCGCCAGGUAGUCGGGAGGAGGAGAGCUUCACCUGUCGGCUUGGAGAGAUCCAGGUGGUGGACGCUGCCAGCCUGCUGGCCCCUCUGCCCCAGGUGGAGACUGUCACCAUCUCUCAGGUCCGCUGGCAGCCGGCCGCCUCUGAGCGGGAGGGGCCCCCUGCUCUGCUCCAGCUCAGCUGCACCCUGCACUGGUCCUUCCUCCUCUCACAAGUUCGUUGCUUCCGAAUCCACUACUGGGGAGGGACGAGUGAUGACUCUCCGGGCAGGGAGCUGCCGAGGCCAGAGAUGCCCACGUUCCUGGGGUUGGCUUUUGCCACCCAGUACCGGAUAGUGGACCUGCUGGUGGAAGCCGCCGGGCCCGGUCAGGAUCGUCGCGUGGAGUUUCUGGUGGAGCCUGUCCCGAAGGAAGGGUUCCGGGUACCUCAGGCCGAGUGGGGCAGGGCGGCUCUGCUUUAUUCAGGCCCCGCAUGAGUGGAUGCUAAAGCCAGGUGGUCUCCUGGCCUCCGGCUGAGGCCUCUUCCCGGCUCUCUGCUCCUGGCCUGCGCUGGACUUGCUACGUGCCGGCAGUGGCGGCGAGACCCCGGUCCCGGGGCUGGGGAAAGACCCCUGGCUGAAUGCUGUGGUUUUCUGGCCGGGGGCGGUGGAAACAGGAAACCAAGCAGUGGGAUCGCAGUGUUGGUUACUACGAGGCGAGUGGCGGGCCCUCUGUUUCUGCCUUGUCUCUCCCCACGGUACAUGGUUCCCAGGUGAAAAUGAAAGGAGGGGAAGAAGUUGAGAAAAUUCUAUAAAGAGUAUUUCCUAAUAGGCUGCAAGACGCUGAUGCUGAGAAUGACAUUUUCUUUCCUGCAGAUGAAACUAUUAGAAAGGCUCUUAGAUUGUGGCAGGUAGGCUUUGGAGCAGGCCCCAAGACGUUUCUGAGGAUGCGGACGAGCUACAGCCGCUCCUGGGGUGGGGCUGCCUGCGGGAUGGCGGGAGAGGAUGCCCCGGAGAACCCUCCUCGUGGUGGGAGAGGCCCUUUUCCCUGAGGAUUGGGCAUUCCGGGCCAGCCGGCGCCGGCUUCGUGCCUCCACGUGGCCAGCCCCAGCUGCUGCGUGUUUCCUGGUGUUGGCAAUUUACCGCGCUGCUGCCUGUGAGGUCAUCUCCGGAGCGUUUUCAGCAGCCCCUGGCUCUGCUACGCUGCUUCCGGGCUGUGGGCUGCAGGGAAGUGGCUCUGGGGCAGUCUGCACUGUGGCCCUGCCUCUGCCCAGCAAGAGGCUGUGGGCUCUGGACAAGCUGCCCUUCAGGCUCGGGUAGCGGGUCAGUCCAGGCAGGAAGCAGCACCUGCCCCCCACGCCAGCCCAGCCCCAGCCUGCAUGCAGGAGCUGCAGGACCCGUGGGGGCUUUUCCAGCUACUUGGUUCCUUCACGUCCUCCCUUCUCAGCCUCGUCCAAGCACCGGGGAGACCUCCAGGCUUACCCCUUGAGCAGGAGUCAGCACAGGUGCGUGGGGGAUUGAGGGAGGCAGGGUCUUCACCACAGGCCCCUUCUUCUGUCCUUCCUGCUCUUUCUUCUUGUCGCCGCCUCCCCUCUGCCCAGGCCUCUGCAGCUGCACAGCCCCUGUUACACCUGGGCCGCCUGGGAGGCUUCCUGGUGUGGUGUCUGGACCCCACGGCCUUGGGUCAUACUGCGGCUGGUCUAGGUGGGGUCUGUUGUGGUCCUUCCACGGUGUCAAUGGCCUGAAGUCCCUUGCUUUUGGGAGGUCUCUCACCCCCAGGCCACAUAGGGCCAGUGGUGGGGGUUCCCUUGGUGUUGGGCAGCGCUGAGGGCUGGGAUACUCUGUGACCCCAGCUGGAGCCCACACCUAAGGGCUGGCAUCCACAUCAUUUCACCCUGCAGUGAGGGAAGAGGCCACCAGGUGGCAGCACAGCCACACCCGUUCCCAUGUCCGGAGGAGGGCAAGGCUGGGUGCUCAGCAGCCGCUCUGAGCCGGGGCUCCUUCCAGGGGCUGAAAUCCACCUUUCUCCAUCUUCCCUGCCUGCCUGGGUACUUGUGCCAAGUAGAGAGUCCUGGGAUUAGGGUUCUAUGCUCUUGCCUAAUUAGGAACAUUCUUCCCUGUCUCACGUGAGUUUGCCAAGGAUAUGGGGCAGGAGGCGUCCUCUGCUGACCCCCCUGCAGCCUGGAGCCACCCCGGGGACUGUCCUGGGUGGAGGGCAGGUGAACACAAGCUGCUGCCGCG